AUGAUAAGAACUGUGACGCGGCCGAGGCAAUGGCAACGAUGGGUUUACUCGAGCUGUCUAUUACAGCGUGCAGUGCCCCCCGCAGCUGCCCGUCAACAGCCCCGGUUCACAACUUCGCACAAGGCGAAUCACUUCGGAUACCACCAGCCCAUUGCGCCAGUUACCCAUGCACCAAUAACCCGCGAGGAUGACUUCGUUUUGCGCUCCGUCUUCGACUACCCCCAGUUUUGGCAGGACUUUACCAGCGUUCCGGGCGGCAUCCCCGUCGGUCUCUUCCGAAACUCGUUCCUGAAAGAGCCUAGGGGGAUGCUCACCUUCGCCUAUGUGAGCUUAAAGAAGGCCCGGGCCGUCGUCGCCAAGGUGCUCGCCGCAUCAUCCGUCACCGAGUACCGCCUUAUCGUCCGGGACCUCGACCGUCUGAGCGACAUCCUCUGCCGCGUGCUCGACAUGGCCGACUUCGUGCGCGUAACCCACCCCGACCCCGAGAUACAGCAGAAUGCGAGCAAGGCUUGGGAGUCGGUCUACGAAUAUAUGAACGAACUCAACACCAUGACGGGCUUACACGACCAGCUGGCUACGGCGAUGGCCAAUCCCGAUGUCACGGUCGUCUGGUCAGAGGAGGAGAAGACGGUGGCCGAGGUACUGAAGUUGGACUUCACCAAGUCGGCUGUCAGCCUGCCCCAGAAAUACCGCGAUCGCUUUGUCCAGCUUUCGUCAGAAAUCAGCGCGGUCGGGUCCGCUUUUGUUCAAGAGAUGGCGCCGGAGCAAGAAACGGUCGUCCUCCCCAGCAGCGAUCUCAGGGGCAUGGAUCCCGUCCGGGCGCGGGACCUGACACGGCGCGGCAAGGUCUACCUCCCCACGCUAAGCGGGGAAGCCGUCAUGGCGUUGCGUACUGUGCACGACGCGGAUGCGCGCAAGCACAUUUUCUAUGCCUCCCGCACCGCGUCCCGUCGAUCCGUUCAGAUGCUCGAGUAUCUGAUGAGGCUGCGAUCCGAGCUGGCUAGUCUCUCGGGCUUUGAGAGUUACGGCCACCUUGCCCUGAGAGACCGCAUGAUGGCGAAGAGCCCGGAAGCCGUCGACCAAUUCCUCCGUGCGCUGGUUGAAAGCAAUAGGCCCAAGGCCAUGCAAGAGAUGGCCGAGCUCUUAGCUGAGAAGCAGAAAGCGUACCCACAAACGAACAGCCUUGACCCCUGGGACAAGGACUACUACUCAGACAUCAUCCGUCGGCCGUUGAGGGUAGCCGGGCGCCAAGGUGACCUCUUAUCGUCCUACUUCUCGCUCGGCGUUCCCUUGGUCGGGGAGACAUGGCACCCCGACGUGCGCCGCCUCGAUGUGGUGUCAGACACAGACGGCCACGUUGCCGUUUUAUACUGCGACCUCUUCACCCGUCCCAACAAGUCCCCGAACCCCGCCCAUUUCACCCUCCGGUGCUCGCGCGAGAUCUUCGCGUCGGAAAUGGAAGAGGUCUGGGAACAGACCCAGCAAAGCAACCAGAAGUCCAUGUUCGGGAGUCCCGAGCUUGCGGCCACAGACGGCAUGACCUUUUCGAGACACGGAGACAGCAUCAAACAACUCCCGACGAUCGCCCUGGUCUGCGACUUUCCCCAGCCCUCCAAACACGGGGACCAGCCGGCCCUCCUGAGCUUCCUCCAGCUUGAGACAUUGUUCCACGAGAUGGGCCACGCGAUCCACUCGGUGCUGGCACGCACGUCGUUCCAGACCGUCGCGGGCACGCGGUGCGCGACGGACCUCGCCGAGCUGCCGUCGACGCUGAUGGAGUUCUUCGCGGCCGACGCGGCCGUGCUCGGCCAGUUCGCGCGCCACCACGAGACCAACGAGCCGCUGCCGUACCGCAUGGUGGCGCAAAAGGCGCGCCAAACCCGCCGCUUCGAGGCCCUCGACACCGAGAACCAGAUCGUCACGGCCAUGUUCGACCAGGCCCUGCACUCCCCGCGCGCCGGCGAGCCCGGGUUCGACCCCACGGCCAUCUUCCACGCCCUCCAGCGGACGCACAGCUGCGCCCCGCCCGACCCCCCUGGCACCAGCUGGCCGGGCUUCUUCGGCCACCUGUCCGGCUACGGCAGCGUCUACUACAGCUACCUGUUCGACCGCGUGCUGGCGCAGCGCGUGUGGGACGUGGUCUUCAAGGCUGGCGAGCGCCGCGCCGCGCUCAGCCGCGAGAAUGGCGAAAAGCUGAAGCAGAGCCUGCUCAAAUGGGGCGGCGCGCGGGAUCCCUGGAAGUGCCUGGCCGAGGCGCUGGAUGAUGAUAGGCUGGCGGAGGGCGGGGAGGAGGCCAUGGCGCUGGUGGGGAGUUGGGGGUCGACGAAGCCGAGGUGA